AUGGAGCACAUCAAGACUUCCAUUUCCGGAUACUUUCAGUUCGUCACUUUUUCUCAUCGCUGGGGUGAGGACGAGCCGUUGCUGCGGGACAUUGAACGCCACCCAAUAUACGCCUUGUCAUCCGAGGCGGGGGUUGGAAAGCUCCAAGCCUUCUGUUUGCACGCCUGCGAGCGGGAUUACCUAUGGGCAUGGAGCGACACGUGUUGUAUAGACAAAGAUAGUAGUGCCGAGUUGCAAGAAGCGAUAGGAUCCAUGUUUGCGUGGUAUCGACGGUCCGCUCUGACAAUCGUUCAUCUCUCUGACGUUCCCGAUAAUGGUUCGUUUGAGAAGAGCGAAUGGUUUCGACGUGGGUGGACUCUCCAAGAACUCCUGGCCCCGAGGACUGUACUAUUCUACACCCAAAACUGGUCGGUCUAUAAGGACCUUAGGAGUUCGAACCACAAAACCGACGUCGCUGUGCUGGAAGAACUGGAAAAGGUGACUGGAGUAGAGUCCUGUUUCCUCUCCGCGUUUUCUCCGUGUGUGGAUGACGCUCGCUCAAAACUCCAAUGGGCGUCAAAGCGUUGUACCACCCGGCCUGAGGAUAUCGCUUAUUCCCUUUUUGGGAUCUUCAAUCUCCACCUACCUGUUCUGUAUGGGGAAUCUGCUGAGAACGCACUCGGUCGUCUCCUAGCCGAAAUCCUAUCGCAGUCUGGGGACAUAUCGAUUCUA